CUCAAUAUAUUUUUAUAUGCACUGUAUAUUUGAUAAACUGGAUAUUGGACAGCUCUGAUAUUUGAACUUCAUUUUGUAAAUCUUUCCAUCUUCUUGUCAAGUCUGACGCUGUUUCCCUACAAAUUUAUUAUUUAAUUUUUUCAGCUAAUUUGAAGACUAGUGCAAACAACUUAUAGCAAUAAGACGUGUAAUGGGCGGUGAUGAAAAGGAAGAGGAGUUCACUGGGCCACUGUCGGACAGGAGCUGCACUGAUGUCGUGUUCCUUCUUCUCUUCGCAGCAUUCAUUGCAGGAAUGGGUGUCCUGAGCUACCACGCAUACGAGGAGGGCAAUAUCAGCCUACUGAUCAGAGGGUACGACAGCUAUGGAAAUAUUUGUGGACACGAGAAUGAGCCCAUUGAGGGAGUGCCAAAUUCCGGGUUGAACAUGACCGAUAAGGGGAAUCUUCUCUAUCUGAACCCGAAUGACCUGGCCACAGAUGAGUUCGUAAAGACAGUCUGCGUGGCUGAGUGUCCCGACCGCACCUACACUAGCAGAGAAGACAUCCCAGUCCAGUUCUGCCUCCCGGGGGCAAGACAAGGGGACUCUAAGCUCUGUCCAGAUGUGCCACUCUACGAAUCAUGUAUGUGCGGCUCAGGACUGUCUCUGCUGAUUCUGGUGCUGAUGCGUUUCGUGGCUGCUCUCUUUGUGUACUUCGUGUACUUCCUGGUCAUCUUCGGCACCAUCGCGGCCACCACAGUCCUCUGGAUCAAAUACCUGGACGAGAAAGAGAAACUGGACAACACUCCUGAAGAGCUGAGAACAGGAGAUGUUGAAGACAACGUGAAGGCAUUCCUCAUCUACUCUAUCGUGUCUUCUGUCUUCACUGUUAUACUCCUCCUAGUGAUGCUCUUCAUGUGGAGUAGGGUCAAACUGGUGGUGGCCCUCUUCAAGGAGGCAGGCGCAGUAGUGAUGUCCAUGCCCUUCAUUAUAGUGCAGCCAUUCUUCACGAUAGUGACAGUUGGAGGUUUUCUCACGUAUUGGGGAGUCACAACACUGUACAUUGCAUCCUGUAAGUCUCCUGAAACCAAGGAUACAUCAGAUGGUACUUUCGUCUUUUACGAAACCAACUCGGAGAUGAAGAAAGCGUUCUGGUACCACUUGUUCGGUCUGUUCUGGAUCACACAGUUCCUGGUGGCAUGUCAGUUGAUGAUCAUAGCAGGAGCAGUGGCCUCGUGGUACUUCACUCGGGACAAGACCAAACUGGGAUGGUUCCCUGUCUUGGCCUCCUUCUACCGGACAGUGCGGUACCAUUUGGGAACCCUGGCAUUUGGAUCUCUAAUCAUUGCAAUUAUCCAGUUUGUGAAAGCUGUCCUCUCAUACGUUGAACAGCAGUUGAAUAAAUCGGACAAUGCAAUUGCAAAGUUUGUGUUCAAGUGCAUGUUCUGUUGCCUGUGGUGCCUAGAAAACAUCAUCAGAUUCAUCAACCGCAACGCUUACAUCAUGACAGCCAUAUAUGGCUACCACUUCUGCAAGGCGGCCAAGCGGGGCUUCACUCUGCUGGUGUCGAAUGCAGUGAGAGUUGUGGCCAUCAACACAGUCGGAGAUUUCUGUCUGUUCCUCGCCAAACUCAUGGUCGUCUUUGCAGUAGUGCUCAUAGGCAUCAAAAUCACAGAAAGUAAUGAAGAGAUAGAACAGGAUGCGAUUCCGAUUGCACUGGGGGCCAUAGGGACAUACAUCGUGGCCCAUGUGUUCCUGUCCGUCUAUGAGAUGAUAGUGGACACCCUGUUCCUCUGCUUCUGCGAAGACUCCGAGAGGAAUGACGGAUCCCCCGGCAAGGAAUACUACAUGAGCGAGAACCUCAAGGAGUUCGUGGAUACGACUAACGAAGCCCUUCUGCGGCAGAAAGAAAAGAAGGAGGAAAAAAGAAAACUAGUGGAAAGUAGCGAGGAAAAAUAAACUCAGACAAUCGAAAAUGUAUCAGCAAUCAUGAGACGGAUGAAAACCACUUACUUGAGAAUAACAUUCAAGAAUUCUACUUCGAAAUUGGUCCAAAUCUGCAUAUGCUUUACUUAUUCAACAUAUUGAUGAGCUGACUGAUAGCAAUACAUGGUAGAGGUUAGAUAGAUUCAUGCACACCCUGGGAAGGUCUCGAUUUCCAAAAUUUACUUAAAUUUGAAAUAAUUUGUCCAAUUUUCAGAUUGCUUAUCUUCGAAGGAUG